AGGUAGGCUUUCAUUUACUUAUGCCAUAGCGAGUGCUCUGCCAUGGGGGAGUAGGAGGAACACACACAGCUGGCCCCAUCUAACUUUGUCCACAGAAGCAUGGCUCACCCAGGAGCAUCACCAUCCUGCCUGGCAUGGAGGAAAAUAUCUGAGAACAGCUGAUUAAGGAAAGUUGAGAUGUGCGAGGCUUCACUUACAUUUCUCAUCCCCACCCCCAAAUUAGUCAAGGCUUGAUUUUCUACCUCCUAAUUGUCUUCUCAUUAAAUGCUCCAUUUCCCAAAUGUUCCUCCUGGCUGAGGGCUUAAAUGCAUUUGCACAUAUUCCAGUACCAGAAAGCAAGCCCCUUACGUUGACCUUGCACUUUAUGGGCCCUAAUCACCAACAGCCCUCCCCAAGGCAGGACCUGCUGUCCCCAUUUGCAGCCACCACUCUUCCUUAAACAGCAGCCUGAGGUUAGACAGUGGGGAAAAAUCUCAUUAGGAAUCACACACUCACUGACUGGUCCUGUCAACCUCCCAGGCUUCAUGCCUCUGGGUGCCAGGCACACAGCCAUUUCCAUGUGCCUCUCAUCUCCCUCUCCAGGGGGGUUUAGAAAAAGGUUUGGAGAGAGUGGGAAUGAUGGAAGAUAAGCAUUUUGGUGCUAUCAAGAUUUGCGAUGGAACAACUCCCCAGUUUAGCCAAUGUGAGGGUACAGCAAGAAGUUGUGCACCUGCCUUCCAGAAUGCACUGCUGCCUGCGGGCCUGAGGCAGAAGGAUCAGACCACCAAGGCGCCCACAGGCCCCUUUAAAAGGGAGGAGCUCUUGGAUCACUUGGAAAAGCAAGCAAAGGAGUUUAAGGACCGAGAAGACCUGGUCCCCUACACAGGGGAGAAACGAGGAAAGAUCUGGGUCCCUAAGCAGAAGCCAAUGGAUCCUGUGCUGGAAACUGUCACUCUAGAGCCGGAGCUGGAGGAGGCCUUAGCAAAUGCCUCAGAUGCAGAACUCUGUGACAUCGCAGCUAUUCUGGGCAUGCACACGCUCAUGAGCAACCAGCAGUACUACCAGGCCCUGGGUAGCAGCUCCAUCGUGAACAAGGAGGGACUCAACAGUGUGAUUAAACCUACACAAUACAAGCCUGUGCCUGACGAGGAACCAAAUUCAACAGAUGUAGAGGAAACUCUGGACCGGAUAAAGAAAAAUGACCCAGAUCUUGAAGAAGUUAACCUCAAUAAUAUCCGGAAUAUCCCCAUCCCCACCCUUAAGGAAUAUGCAGAAGCCCUGAAAGAAAACUCCUAUGUGAAAAAAUUCAGCAUCGUUGGGACACGGAGCAAUGACCCUGUGGCGUUUGCCCUUGCUGAAAUGCUCAAGGUGAACAAGGUGUUGAAGACACUGAAUGUGGAAUCCAACUUCAUUUCUGGAGCUGGGAUCCUGCGCCUGGUGGAAGCCCUUCCACACAACACAUCUCUGGUGGAACUGAAAAUUGAUAACCAGAGCCAGCCCCUGGGCAACAAAGUAGAAAUGGAGAUUGUGAGCAUGCUGGAGAAAAACGCAACACUUCUCAAAUUUGGCUACCACUUUACCCAGCAGGGGCCCCGACUGCGAGCAUCCAAUGCCAUGAUGAAUAACAAUGACCUUGUGAGGAAGAGGAGGCUCGCAGACUUGACGGGGCCCAUCAUUCCCAAAUGCCGCAGUGGUGUCUAGUGUGUGGAGGUGAACACCAUCCUUUUGGACUGGACAUGUUCUACUGACAAUCUGUGCUCUGCAGUGGAGACCAGAAGGCAAAAACACUGGCAGAAAUCUUUUGUGGUUUAGUUCUUAUGCACUAAGGUUUUAGGUUAACUAGUGAUUGCAGUUGAAAAUUUUAUAAAAUAUAGGUAAUGUGAAGUUUUUCUUUAGUCACAGAAGUUGUCUGAUUAUUAUUUAAAAACAAGCCCUCAAACUGGCAGAUCUUCCUGCAGAUGAUGUGACAGUGACAGUGACUUAACCCCAGGAGCCCUGAUUGGUGGCCUUGCUGUGUGGUCUUUCAAGAAAUUUAUAAUACAAUGUAGCACACGUAAACAAACAGCACACUCACUCUUUGACCUGUUUUGGAAGUAUUAUAAAACACUUUAUUACAAAUUUGAUCUUAGCUAUUUAGCAAAAAAGAACAGAUAACCACUCUUUAUUUACUUUCCUUUAAAUUUUAAGAACCUCAAGAUUAAAGUUGCCAAAUCGAGUACUCCAUCAAAAACACAACUUUACUCUCAAGAAAGACAGACUGAAGACACAGAGCUCUGCCAGGAAACAAAAACACAAGAGAUUUCUUUUGCUGGACAUGGGAAAAACUACAGAAAAAGGCAACGAUGAAAUUUCAAGAUUCAAAAACCAUCCCAUACAACAAUCAUAUUCCUCAGUGUUCUUUAUGAAUAUCUGGGAUGUAUUUAUAAUUGAACACUGGAGUCAGAAAGAACAAUUUCCUUAGUGAAUGGAUGUGAAAACCUAUGGCCAAAUACUUGAAGUACAGUACCUUUCUAUUCCACACAGUGGGCAAAUGGCUUCUAUAAGGCCACAGACUACAAGGGUGAGUUUUCAGUCCAUUGUGGCUAUUGUACUUGGCAUGGCCAAACUUAAAGACUUCAACAACCUGUCUCAUCACUUCCUAGACAAAUCAAUGCUGUCUUAAGCCUGCAAAUGAAAUGUCUGAAGGACAAAAAUGCAGAAAAUCUAGGUGUUAAGAAAUCAGAAAAUCCUGGUCAAACUACCUGAAGAUGAUUAUUCAGAAAAUGUAAUUUUCAUAUUUCUACUGCACGCCCCCCCUCCUUUUUUUGGUACCAGGGAUUGAACUUGGGACCUUACGCUUGCGAGACAGGCGCUGGAACCACUGAGCUCUACUGCAUCCCUUUUUAACACCACACACAUCAUUUGGGAGCCAGCAAAAAUGUUAAGCCACACUGCCCUUGUGCCUUUUAAUAUACCACAGUGCCAGUUUAACUAGUAUUUCUGUUUGCCGCUUGGGAAGUUAUUUUCAUUAGGGAUUCAGCAGAUCUUAUGAUAACAGACAAUGCCAAAGAGCUGAUGAGCACAGACUAUGAGGCUUCUGAUGAAAAAGGCAAAGUCUUGCACACUGAACUAUAAUGAUGUAGACAGUACAGGGUAACCAGAGGUGGAGCCAGGGCCUAACCACUAUGAAGAGUGUCUACUGAGGCUAAAAAUGGGGCCAGGAGUGGCACCAUGCUGCAGGGUAGCCAUCCCCACUUGGCUUCUCCUUGAAACACAAUUGCAGCUGCAUUCUGCAUCACUGGAAACUGCAACAUAAUAUUAAAUCUGUUGGUCUAUG